AAAGCGCAGGCAACAGCAGGGCGGCGCACGGGCAGGCAAACGUAACCCCGCGCCCAGGAGCCACCCACCGCAGGCCUCAGCCGCCCCUCGGCGGCCCCACUCGCCCGCCAACGCCGGCACCACGCCUGCGCCGCGCCGGGGCGGCGGUUUCCCCGCGGGCCGUGACGCCACACCGUCUCCGUGACGCCGCGGCGGCGUGACGUGACGCGGCCACGCGGAGGGGCGCGUGUGUUCAGUGAUCGUGCUGCGUUAGACCAACAGGACUUUCUUCAUCAGUGACUUGAUGUGUUUUGAGGAGUUUUAUGUGAAGAGGAAUUUAGAUGAAUGAAAUACUUUAUUGGCCAUAGGAGGAUCAGGAUGUGCAAGGAACGUUGUCCUAUCUAUUAGUGGGCAUAAUGCAGAAUCCUUUAACUUUUUCUGCAGGUAGUACGUAGCAUUGUAUAAAGACAUCCACUGUGCAGUGUGCUCCACAUCCGUAUGCUUGGGAGUGAAAUACCUGAAAUUCCCAUAAUUUAAAGAAGUUGAAUUAAGGGUAUUUGACCAUCAUGUAGUUAAACUCUGUUCUCUUUAACAAAGUUAUUUCUGGACAACUGAAGAAUGCAGACUGUGAAGCUAUUUGCAAACUCAAAAAUAAGUUGGUGGGCUUUUCUUUUGUUUCCUUAAGAAAAAUUCUUUUCAGUGUGUAUCCCAUUAAGAGCUUUCAUGCAGAGUGAAUUAUAAGGGCCAUGGUCUAACUUCUGGAAGCGUUGCUCACGAUGGAGCUCAUAACCACAUCCUGACCAAGAGCUGUAUCAGUAUGAAAUCGUGAUGCUCUACAAAUGCACUUGGCUCAGUAUAUGUUUGGUGUUCUGUGGCUAUCACUCUUCUUUGUCCUUAAUACCAUGAGCAACCUUUGAUUCUUCAAAUGUUAUGGCCCUUUGAAAAUAUCAAAGUUAUUAGCAAUUUAUUAUGAUUUAUGUGCAACUGUCACAUCAGUUACGUCUCCUACAGAUAAAAGGUUUGAAAAUGAAUGGCGUUGGAAGUAGAACAUAUCCAUCAGCUACACUUGGUAUGGUACUUUUGUCAGCCUCUCUGUACUGUCAACAGGCUCGUUAUUUUUCAGCUGAGUAUGGAAGUAACCGUGAUUGCAAGUGCUUCGAGUGACAACGUAACCAGAAUGUUACCAUUUGUCAUAUAGAAGCAUGAGUUCUGUAAUUUGAAACGUGCUCCUUCUGCACGUAUUUUCUUCAUAUUAAAAUAUGAUAUAAGAAAGGUGAUUUUUUUACAUAUACAGUGAACAGCGGCAUACAUUUAAAACAGGUGGCUUCUCUGAGUAAUGAGAAAUAAUUAACUUCUGAGAUUUCAAAGUUCCAAUGAAAAUUAUAAAAUCAUAAUAGAAAUGUCUAUCCAUGUAGAUAUUUGUGUUUGAACAAAUGCUGUGUUUUUUUUAUAGUGCUCUAUAAUGACACAAAAUAACUUUGAACCUUAGAGAGUUGAAAUCCCCUUGGAUGAGUGGUACUUUCAGAUUCAUAAAUUGCUUUUUUCUCUAGGAACUUGUUUAAUACUUUCUUGUCAUUUUGAGUUAUUAAUUAGAAAAAUAUGCUCGUAGGCUGGUAGAGUUUUGCUCCUUGUAUGUUUGUUUUAAUAAAAAUCAUCAUAUAACUUAAAAAAAAAAAAAUUGUAUAGUUUAAUAUAACAGUUUAAUGUCAAUGUUAAUGUAGUUGUUUGGUGCUAGGAGAUCUCAGACUUCAAUUAGCCAUGUAAAUGUGUUCCUUAGCAUCAGACCUCACUUUGCUGGAACCCCUGCUGCCUUUAUAUCAUUAACAUAAAUGCAGGUGCAAAUAGCAUUUAUGCACUUUGAUAGAAAGCAGUUGGAGACAUUUCACUGUGGGACACGACACUUUCAGAUUGUGUACAUCUGUUCAAAUAAUGUAUCCAAGCCAGUGACAUGAAUGCAAGGAUAAAAACAUCUGCCCCUGAGACCAUUUGCCAUACGGCAGAUGCUUACAUCUUUAUUUAUGCAGAUGGUUUGUGUGAUGAGCUGAGAAAUGAUGAAAGCAGGAAAGUUUGACAAAGAUUUCAGGGCAUUGCUUAGGAUGGGAAAAUAUCUUGGCAACAGAACUUAAUUUUCAGAUGUCUAUUAAAAAAAAAUCUGUUAUAGUUACUGAUGUUUUUAGUAACGCAGACGUAUUUGAAAUAUUGACAGUUAAGAAUUCUCUAAACUACUUUUUAAAUCAAUUUUGUGAAAAAUUGUACUGCAGUUAGAGAAGAUAAUAGUUUAAUGGGGAAGCUCAACAGAUAAAGACUCAUUUAAUUGCUUUAACAGGAAGGCUCAACAGCUUUGCUUCAAGUUUUUCAUGUUUUCAAGUUUAUUUAAAAUACUGAGUUGAGUGAAAUGUUUGCACUAGGUAGAAUAUUUUGCAAUACUAAAGUAAACUUGGGAAGCAUGUAAAGACUGUGUUAAGUUUUUGUGUCAUUUAAGAUUUUUCAGCAGAAGCUAUAUUUACUGUUACAAGAAAAAUCAGAUUUGUAGGCUAGCCUUUACAUUUUUUGAAAAUUACUGUGGAUUAAUUGGCACAAGUUCGCAUAUCUAAGCUGAGUUGGCACUGAAUAAGUAAAAAGCAAAACAAUGGCUUAGACCUCAGUGCUUAGGCCUGAGGAGCCCUACGGGGGUGGAUGGAUGGGGCUUUGUGCUACACCUGACUCCCUCUGCUGGACUUGAAUGACCAGGACUUGCUUUGUUGCAAGUUGCCUCUCGACUCAGCGAGCGCUCCAGAUAAACAGAAAUUUAAUGUUAAAUCUAAUGAUAUUUUUGUGCGUGGCAAGUGAAGGAUGUUGUCUCUGGCCUACAUUCUUGCUAAUUGUGUGUCAUCCCUGGCCUACAUUUUUGCUAAUUGUGUAUCUGUUUUAAUUCCACUGUAUGUUGGUACUCCUUUACAAGCAUUGGCUAAUGCAUUACCACUUAUCAGCAGCAUAUUCGAUCAAUUUCUUUACAGUACAUCCAGUACAAUCUUCGAAAAUCAGUGCUGCCUUAGGUAACACGGCAUCUAACAUGAGCAAGUGUAAUAAUGUCAGAAAGCACUGAAGAUAAUGGGAAUUAUGCUUGGGGUGGGGGACAGCAUUCAGAUACUCUAAUUUAAAUCUUCUGCUACAUCCUGCUGCUGGAAUGGCCUAGCUAUGUUCAGGCGUAGCAGCAAGUGAUAACUUUCUGUUCUGAAAACAAAUAUUUUAGCCAGGCUCUUUCUGAAGAUGUUCACUUUCAUUUGCUCUGUGGGGGCUGUGUUUCCUUUCAAAAAUAUUCAAUCUAUUUGGAGUGUUGUGGAGAUCCUAUGAUCUUCAUUUUUGUUUUAAUUCUUACUGGAACUGAUUACAGGUAGCAAUGUUUUGCAUAUCUUAGAUAAAGCCAUGUAAUAUGUCUUCUGAAGCAAACUUUCUUGUGAUAAAAAAGGGUGGGGGAAUAGUAUAAAAAGCAUUCCAGAGCAAAAGCCGUAGAGAUUCCUCAUUCAUAGAAUCAUAGAAUGAAUCUUAGUAUCAUAGAAUGGCCUGGGUUGAAAAGGAUCAUAAUGAUCAUCUAAUUUCAGGCCCCCUGCCAUGGGCAGGGCUGUCAGCCACUAGACCAGGCUGCCCAGAACCUAUCUAAGGAUCAUUGGGUUAGAUCACAACAAAAGGAAAUGAGCUAUUCACUAAAUCCAUCUGAAAAUACUCUCCAGAAAUCCGUCUAAGUUGAAUAGUGUGUUUUAUAUUCCAGUCUCUCCUUUGGAGAAGAGAACUAUAAAAGCUAUUUGUAUGAAAAGACUCAGAACAAGUCAGGCUGUGUCUAACCAUCUUCUGAUCCUUUGCUCAUCUUCAGUGGGGGAAUGCAUUUUGAGUGCAAAACUUAGCUGAUAGAUGCUUCUAAUGUCUGAAGUAAUACAGAUUUGCUCUACGGAGAAUCCGUAAGACAGAGCAGAGAAUUAAUCAUUUGUCCUCUCUUACACAGGUCUCAGUUCAGACAGAAGUGCUCUGACUUUAGCAUAAAAUGGGUACCCUAUAAAAUGAUUAACAGUCUGGCUCUUUUUUAGUGCUUUGUUUGCAUUUGUGGGGGAAAAAAAAAAUAAAAAAUUGAGGUGUUACAGUCUUAUUUCCCUUAGUGCAACAGUAGUAGUUUUCCAUCCCAGAGAGGGAUGGAAGGAAAGUUAAAUUCCCAGUGAGAUGAAGAUUGAUUCUGUUCUCAGCUUAUUUGAAAGGUGAGCAAGAAUGUAGUUGGAAAAUAUUUCAUGACUUAUUCAUAAAAUAGUUCUACUUGACCUUUUGUGCUGCUCAGUUUCUGAAGAAUUCUGCCUUCAUUUUUGUAGCAGAUUCCAUCAUUAUUGUCUCCUGCACUUAACAAAAAAAGAGUCUAUUAAUUACCACUUACGUUAGGUGUCUCAGGAUUUUGUCCAGGUUGAUGUGAUCUUGAUUGUCCUAUUAAAAAGGAUUUUACACUGACAUCAACUUUACAGUGAAUGAAUUAGUGUUUGGUCUGUUUGAUUCUUGAAAUUCACUUAAGGAAAUUUAAAUUGUCAGGUCUUCCAAAAAAGAACUUUGAAAAUCCACUUGUUUUUUUCUUUUGAAACUAAUGUUUGUUCCCACCUCCUAGAGUACCUAAUUCAUAUUCACAAUGCCAUUGAAGUUUUAUGAAUUUAUAAAACAGUGCUUACAUCACCUCCUUUUAUCUUUUAUGAACAAUUAUUUCCUCCUGGUGGUUGCAGCACUGAAGCCUUGCUUUGCAAAUCUCUAGGGAUGGAAUCCUCUCUUGAGUGGAAUGACUGGGCAAAAAGAACAAAGAUAAAAUAGUGGAACUGCAGUGCUGUCUAAAUCGUUUCUUUUUUAAUCAACUGACCUGUGUCAGAGCAGCAUGGUUUCUAGAAAGUGCACGCUUUAGUUUUGAUGUGGUUGAUGGUGGAAUCUAGCACGGAGAUGUAUAGAAGCUGGAAUGCUCUCUUUUAUCACAUAUGCAUGUAACUGCAUCUCUCAGAAGUGUUCUGUUCUUAAACAGAGAAGAACCAGCGUUCUCAUCUUCAUUAAGAUAAAAAGUGGUUUCAGAGGCCAGGCAACCUUAGAUCUAUUUGCAUGAACAUUAUUCCUAAGUUCUCUUACUGUGUUAGAGAGAAAAAUGUGUGUGAUUUCUUCAGCUGUUAAUAAUAUUACUAAUAAUUAUAGAUGCUUUUCUGUGACAGUUCUUGUUUCUUGAUAUGAAAACAUUUUGAUCUGUUUAAAGCCUAUCAUAUUAACCUUAAUAGGAAAUGAGUAGUUUAUAAUUUGAAAGAUAGUGCCUUCAAAAGGAAAAAAAAAAAAAAAGCUUUUUUAAACUUCUCAAACACAACUGUAAGAAGCUACGAAGAGUCUUUUGGAAACUAUUUAAGGAGUACAGGAAGUGUCCUGCUGUUCAGUGUUUUUCUAGAAAUGGGCUUUAAUCUUGAUCCCAUAAAAUAGUAAACAUGCACGGAGUUUAAAGCAAAGGAGGUCUCUAAACGGUAGAAUGCCUUGUGAACAACUGUCAAAUUAUAUUGAUGCUAAAAUCACUAUUAAUUAAAUAUAGCUCUAAAGAGAUGUAAUUUCCCUUCUUAGUAAUUUAACAAGCUGUUUUGAUCUUGUUCCUCCAGUGGUAUGUCAGAACACGUUUUCUAGUGUUUGUACGUUAUGUAUCUUAGACUUUGUGCAAAUGUUCUGUGGUUUUCCAAUCUUGCAGUAGAGUGCUUUGUUGUAAUGUUUGAUUUUCCAAUCUAUUUUAAAUUGCACAAAAGAAUUCCUAUGUAAACGUAAUUAUGUUAUCAAGCAUUAAAAGGUAAGGAGUGCAAGAUAUGAGAUUAUCCUUGCAGUUUAAAUGCUUCUCCAUUCCAAAUUACAUGUCAUAGUAAUGUUCCUUUCUCAUCUGAAGUAUACUCAUAAUUCUUUAUCCCCAUCUGAUUUUGUCCUAGACACUUUACAAAUCUCAUUUCUAACUCUCUUGUCAUUUUUCUGCUUGCCCUCUGUAUAUCCUAGCUUCUCUUUCAUGCUGUGUGAGCCCAACAGUUAAGAGCUAAGGAGAGUUUUCUUGUUUCCAACACUGAUAUUUGAAACUGAAACUGUACUUUUUGGAAAAAUCUGCCUCAGCCUGAAGCACGAGCAUGUUUAGUAGAACACAAUCAUUGGGAAAAGCUAGUUUCUUAAAGUAUCUCUUAAACAUAUGCCGAGAGCCUACAGCUUGGGCCAAGUUGGGGCAGCUUUUCAGGAAGACAGGAAAUUAUUGUGUCACAUGUCAAGGUCUUCCUCUAGUAAUGUAUUAGAUUUUUAUUAAAAAAUAGAAAUGCACACACCUGGGGAUGGCUGACGUUCAUUUUCUGUGAGUUUUUUUAAAUUAUCUGAGGCAAGUAGCUAGAAUGGAGUGUUCCUCUCAAACCAUUUAUAUUUGGCAAAGAGAAAUGGCCGAACAUUGUUUCUUAUAUGGUGUAUGUGGUGUUGGACACUCCUGACUUGUGCACUUUAUUACCAGCUUCACAUCUUACAGGUGUGCACCAAAAGUAGCUUUGAACAUAAAGGCCAGAUUCUGUUUUCUAGAAUGCUGCCAUUCUGUUAAUUUAUGUAAGAUUAUGGGAAGUGUCAAUUGGCAUAGAACUUAACCUUCGCUAUAUAAAAAAACUCCAGAAAGUUAUGGAAGCUUCAUUUUUCUGAGCUUUUGGUUUUGGUACUGUCGUCUCUCUACCAUGAUGCUCAAGUUAAAGUAUCACAUCUGUUUACCACUUCAAACAGCUUUAUUACUUUUUUAAACUGUUGCCUUGUGUUUGGUAUGUAAUAUAUUGGAUUUUAAAACAUUUGUGAAGAUGGGAAAAUGGCAAAGACCAAGAAGCAAUAGCUUUCUUAAUGCAUUAACUGAAAGAUAAUGUUUUAUAUACUUUCUGGUGCUGGGAUUGAUUAAUUGAAACUGACUGAAGCACUUUUGCAGGUGGUGUUUUUUUGCAUGCUAAUCCUGCAGAGAAACAAAGUGUUCAACACAGUAUGCUGGGUCAGCAAAAACAAGAAAGUUGUGCUGGAAAGACAGUAUCCACAGAUAAACACAAAUCCCCUGUGGACAUAAUACAAACUUUUCAGAAGAAAAGUCAGUUUAGGACCAUUGCUCCAAAAAUGGUGCCAAAAGUUUUAACAUCUGGAAUGGUUUCUUGUCUUCAGUCAUCUGUGCCUGAACAACGUACAGUGAUUUCAGCAGCAGGUUCUAAACCACUGGUAGUACCAGCUCAAAACUAUGCCAUCAUGCAGGUUGCUGGGCAUGAGGGUAGUUUUUCUCUUUUGGCCUUGCCAUACAUUACCCCUGCCGUGAUACAGCCAAGCCAGCCAACAAACGUGGCCCGUUCUGAAAACCGAAAGUUGCCUAUCCCUCGCUACCAGUCUGUGAGAAACAAAUUGCUUUGUGACAAUAAAACAAGCCAAGCCUCUGUUUUGAAUACACAGAGCAAGGUAUCUACCAAAGCACAAAUCUCAUUGCAGACUUCCCCCGUGACUACCUUAGCUGAAGACUGUCCAAAAACUCAUUCUAGCUCAGAUUCAACUGAGCCAGUGAAUCUAACAGACCAUAAUUCAUCUGAAAUGAUGGUUUCUACAUUACAAAGAAAGAACACUUGUUUGGAAUCUGGAUCUCCUUCAGUGAACAAAACAAAAACUGCUAUCAGUAAUGUUUCUGGACCAUGUAUAGUUAAAGAGUCUUUAAGCAAGCCAGAAAAUUCAAGUGUGAAAUUUAGCCUUGACUCUGUGAAGACAGCAUCUGCAACCACGAAAGAGUCAGUCAUUAUGUCAGAGAAACUAAAGGAAGCACCCACAAAUUCUGCAAAUUCUGUUUCUGUCCUGUCACCAGCAGUUUUUGGCAGUACAGUACAGAUGACUCCACCAGCACCAACAGGAAAACUUCCUAUUUUGCCUUACUCAAGAAUGAAAAAUUCAGCGUUUUGUAAAUCACAAAGUACUAACGUAAAGGAUAUAUCCGGUAUUUCACCGAGACCUGAAUGUGAAAAGACGCCAGCUUUGGUGAAAACCUUUCACGCCCCCGCUGAAGCAUCUGAUGAACAAUUGGCUGCAUCUUUGACUCAAGCCCCCAAACAAACCAUUCCGGAAAAUACUUUCUCUCCAUCCAAUGAAGUGGAUGUUGACAGCCUUAAAAAGUUGAAUGGUGCACACUCUAAAAGGAUAGGCAGGAAGAGAAGAGUCCAAGAUGAUUUAUUGGCUUUUCAGGCCAAGCGAAGGAAAUGCAUCGUUAAUAAAUUCAGAGAAGUAAGAGAGAGGGUGAAAGCUGAUCUUCAGCCACCUGAAGACAAAAAAGCAGAGGCAGUGAAAAAAUACCGUAAUAUUAGACCCAAACCAAUGGUAGUUGUGCAGGCAAUUGCACCGCUGCCUUCUACGGCACUGGUGGAGGAAAGGUCUCCUGACCAUUCAGGCAAAGGUGUUUUUUUAAGCAGUUCACUUGCCAGUAAAUAUUCAAGUUAUAAAUAUAACAAUACCACAUCAGCUACGUCAAUUGAUCUGGGUAGAAAUGCGUGCUCAGCUGUACCCAAGCCAUGGCAUAGGUGUCAUGUAUGUAACCAUAAGUUCCAGUUCAAACACCAUCUUCAGGACCAUAUGAAUGCACACACAAACAAACGACCCUACACGUGUCGAAUUUGCCGGAAGGCUUACAUUCAUUCUGGAAGCCUGAGCACGCAUAUGAAACUUCAUCACAACGAAGGCAAGCCCAAAAAAUUUGUGUGUUGUGAAUUCUGUGCUAAGAUUUUUGGCCAUGCAAAAGUAUACUUUGGUCACCUAAGGGAAGUGCACAGGGUUGUUAUUAGCACAGAGCCCUCUGGUAGUGAGCAACAGAUGCAAGAUGCGUUGAGGAACAGGGACACGAAUAUAAAAGAGGCAGAAGAAGCAACAGAAAGGGGAAGUAGAUGCGAUUUUGAAGAUCUAUUCCAUAAUCCAGGAGAAGUUAAAUUACAGAUCAGAUGUGGUCAGUGUCAGUUCAUUGCACAGUCUUUUGGUGAAAUGAAGUUUCACUUAUUAUGCUCUCAUGGAGAAGAGAUCCAGGGAAGAGUAAAGGAAGGAGCUCUGCAAGGCAAUAGAGGAACUAGGGGAGAACUUAUCAAACAUGCAGCUCACUUCUGGAAACAGCGCAGUGAAAGAAGACUCUUGGCAAAAUGCAGUGACAACGAGGAGGAGUUGUAUACUUUUCCAAAACUGAAAAGACAGAUAUACCUUCACCAUCAAAGUAAUGUUGAUACAUUAACUAAAAGUGAAAUGACUCAGUCAGGAAGCAGUGAAGCAGACAAGGGGAUGCAAAAUGUAGGUUGUGGGGCGCCAAGCAAAAAGAUUGAAUUUUGGUCAAAAGCUGGAUAUAACUGCAUUUUAUGCAAGCAGUUAUUUGGAAGAAAGGAGGAUCUUUGUAAUCAUUGGCAAAGUCGUCAUAACUGUGAAGACUCUUCUAUUUUAUGGACAAUUUUUAGUUUGUUCUCAAAACAGGGAAUUUUUGAACUUUCUAGCAUUGGUGAAUAUUGAGGCUCAGUUCUACAGUGCUGCGUUGAUGAACGUGUGAGGAAUUUGCAGCAGCAAAUACUCAAUGCUAAUGGUUAAAAUGAAUAAGAUGCUUAAGUUCCAUUACACUUUAUACACAGAAAUAAAUCAGUUUAUAUGAAGUAAUCCCAAUCUUGAACAAAAUGGCAAACCAGAUUGAAAGUGUGAUUUCAAUCCCGACUGUGCUUCUAGAUUUUAUGCUAAAACUCUGUUACUGCAGUUCAGUAGAAAAUUUUGAAGGUACAUACACACAACCUGCAUUCCAGAGCAUAGUUAUCUUUGAAACCCCUUUACAUUUUGUUUUCUGAAUUUCAGUCUUUUUGGACACUAAGUUUCUUAGGUGUUACGUUCAGUCCUUGUAAUAGCAGGGAUUUUUGGACUUCAAUGUGAAAAAUCUACAGUUCUUUUUUUUUUUUUUUUCCCAAGCCCUUUGAAAACAAGAGUUGCUCACUACCUGUGGAGAUGGAACUCUCAAAGCUUGACUGCUGUAUGAAAAUGAAAAAAAAAGUUGUUUUUAAAAAUAGUAAUUUGAGCUUGUUACUGCGGGGAAAUCUGAUGUUCUGCAAUAGAUCACAUGCUUCACUGUGAACUUUAAGCACUUUCCAUGUUCCUCCAGUGGCAGCAGUGCUAUUGCUGAGAACACCUUUAGCAGCACUCUGCCUUUAACACUCUUGAUAUAUCUCUUUUAUUUUUGUGUAGUUGGCCCAGACAUAGCUGCAAUGGGAAAUUGUUCCUCUGAGUCUAUGAUGCAGGUAGUAAGGUUUUGUUGCUUGUAUUUCCACAUCUACUGUACAGAUGGAUCCAGAGGCCUUUUCCAGCCGUUCUUUGUGAGCUGAGAAGUCACUGUAUCACUGUUCAACAGAAAUCAGCAUAUCAGAAGGCAGACUGAUGAAAAAUACACCAGUACUAUUUCUAAACUACUGCUCCAUUCAUUUCUUCUUGUGGUCAAACUGUAAUUGAGGGAUUGGAGUGAUGAAAGAAUCAUUCCUAAAAUGCCUUGUGUGGCCUCUCACUGUUUUGCAAAAAAAUUUUAUGAAGAGAUCUAAAAAAUGUUGGGGAUUUCGAGGGGAAUUCCAGAAGCUGUUGGAAUAUUUUGUGUAUGUUUUUUGUUUUUAAACAGUAAAGGCAGCUUUCUGAGCCA